AUGUCGGGCUCAGGAUAUGAUGCGGUGGUAGAUGUGGACGACGAUGGCGAUCUCGGCCACACUGAUCUCCAGGAAGAUCUCGAAUUCCAUAACUCGAACUUCAACGAUACCACACCUGGCGCCCGCAAGGCCCCAUCGUCCGGCCUCCCCCCUCCAGUGACCGCCUCGACAUCCUCAGGCAAGCGCAUGCUGUGGACCAUAUCCUUUUACGCGCAAUACUUCGACGUCGAUACCUCUGCCGUAUUAUCCCGUUGCUGGGCCGCUCUCUACCCGCGCGCCAACUUCCUCGACGUCCUCGAAGGCAACUCAGACCUGUACGGUCCGUUUUGGAUCGCCACCACUGUCGUUCUCAUCCUGUUUCUGGGCGGUACCAUCAGCCAGUACCUCGCCCAAACCGGGGAUCACCCCUUCGCCUACGAUUUUAAGCUGCUUAGCGGCGCUGCCGGACUCAUCUACGGCUAUACCCUCUUCAUCCCCAUCGUGCUGUACCUGGCCCUUCGCUACUUUGGCUCCGAGUCGGCCAACCUGCUCGAGUGCUGGGCUCUCUACGGAUACGCCAAUCUUAUUUGGGUGCCCGUCGCCCUCAUCAGCUGGUCGCCCAUCACGAUCCUCAACUGGGUCUUCGUCGCCAUCGGGUUCGGCGUUUCCGUCUUCUUCCUGUUGCGCAAUCUUUACCCUGUCCUCAGCGCCACUGACCGCCAGACGAGCAAGAUUCUGCUCGUGGUCGUCAUCGCCCUCCACAUGGGUCUGUCGCUGACCAUCAAGAUUCUCUUUUUCGCGCACGGGAGUCCAGUGGCUAGCAAUCCCGACGGUGGCUCUGGUGGGGAUUGAGGAGAUGCAUCCGGGCUUCUUUUUUGUCUUUUGUUUUCUCUUAGAGAAUAUCUUUAGUUGGAUUAUUUUUGGCAGGGCCUGGGUUGGGCUGGCCUGAAUCAGAAGAGACGGUGAUAAAAAUGAGAAAGCAAGAAGGAAGGGGCGUGGAUCGCUCAGCUUUGCUCAAGAUCCCAUCAUGUACGACGAGUGUACAAUACACCAAUGAAUUCCAAAUCCCGACCAUGCACCAUUUGCAUGUUGUCUUG